CGCCGCGCYGGGCACAUGGAGCCGCGGCGGCGCCCCACGGACAAGUGCUCGUGGCACAACGCGAACUGCGUGGAGCGGCCGCUGUCGCGGUUAUUCCACGGGCUGGGGCGGCUCGUGGCCACCUACCCCUGGCCCUUCCUGCUGGCGCCGRUGCUGCUGACGGCCGGGCUGGGCUCGGGCUUCCAGCGCCUGCAGCAGCUCAAGGCCGACAACAUCGAGGAGCAGUUCACGCCGCUGCGGGGCCCCGCCAAGGCGGAGCGGGACGUGGUGCGGCUCUACUUCCCCACCGACGACGCGACGCGCUUCUCGGCGCCGCGGCUGCCCACGGAGGGCGCCUACGCCGCCCUCAUCGCGGUGGCGGCCGAGGGCKCCUCCGUGCUGGAGGAGCCGGCGCUGAGCGAGGUGCGGCGGCUGGACGCCGACGUGCGCGCCCUGGGCGCCUACGAGCGGCUCUGCGCCCGCAGCGGCGGCGCCUGCGUGUCGCCCGCGCCGCUGCUCGCGCUGCUGCCGGCCGGCGGCCUYGGCUUCCCGCUGCACAACGGCACCUUCCUGGGCGCCACGCUGGGCGGCGUGCGCACGGACGGCAGCGAGCGGCUGCUGGGCGCGCGGGCCAUCAAGCUGCGCUACGACCUGCGGGAGGGCGCCGAGGCCGAGCGCUGGCUCGGGGACUUCAUCCGCCUCAUCCCCGAGCUCCUGCGCACCGAGAACUUCCGCGCCAUCGAGGUUUCAUACUUCACCUCUCUGUCCAGGCAGGAGGAGUUUGAGGAAAACACAAAGACGGUCAUCCCGCUGUUUUCCAUAACGUACUUCUUGACGAUAACCUUUUCGAUUGUCUCUUGCCUCAGACAGAGCUGUAUAAGAAAUAAUAUCUGGMUUGCCAGCUUUGGAGUGCUCUCGGCUGGUUUGGCCGUGGUGAGCAGCUUCGGGCUGAUGCUCUACUGCGGAGUGCCCUUUGUCAUCACCGUAGCGAACGCGCCCUUUCUCAUCCUAGGAGUUGGAGUUGAUGACAUGUUCAUCAUAAUCGCUUGCUGGGAGAAAAGUGUCAAGGAGGCAGAAAAAUCAGAUACUAAGGCCCGGAUGGCUGAGACUUACACAGAGGCAGCAGUUUCUGUUACAAUUACCACUCUCACAGAUGUUCUAGCCUUCUUCAUUGGCACCUGGACAGCUUUUCCAUCUGUGAAAUCAUUUUGCCUUUACACGGGCACUGCUUUUAUCUUCUGCUAUGUAUACACCCUGACCUUUCUGGGGGCAGUUCUUGUACUUAAUCAUAAAAGGGAGAAGAAGAACCGCCACUGGUUAACUUUCAUGCCUGUGAAAACAGAUGAAGAUAAGAGCAAGUCCAGUUUGUACAAUGUAUGUUGUAUAGGCAACUGUUCUGGUCAGUCAYCUGAGUCAGAACCCGAACAUCCUAUAAGCACCUUUUUUGAGAGGUACUAUGGUCCUUUCAUUACAAAUAAAUGGGUCAAGCUGCUCGUGGUAUUACUGUAUGGAGUGUAUGUAGGUGGCAGUGUUUAUGGAUGUACUCAGGUCAAGGAAGGUAUAGACCUUCGUAAUCUGGCUAAUGAUGACUCUUACGUUGUUCCAUACUAUAAUGAUGAUGAUAAAUACUUCUCAGAAUAUGGACCCAGGGUCAUGGUUGUUGUCAAUGGAAGUGUAGAGUACUGGAAUGAGUCCGUUCGAGUGGCCAUUCAGAACUGCCUGCAGAGCCUGGAGGACAUUUCCUAUGUAGAUAAGAACCUCUCAGAAUCCUGGCUGGCAGUGUACACAAAAAUUGCUCAAAUGGCUUCAAUAAAUAUAAAUAACAAAGAAAAUUUCAUUAGAAAUUUAUCUAUGUUGUUCCAAUUCUAUCCGGAUUUUGAGUGGGACAUCAACAAGACUAAGGAUGAAAUCAAAGCUUCACGUUUCUUCAUUCAAACUGUGAAUGUCACCACAGCUGUUGAUGAGAAAAAUCUUUUAAACAAAUUGAGAGACACRGCAGAGCAGUGCAGCCUUCCGGUAAUGUUGUACCACCCCGCGUUCAUCUACUACGAUCAGUACCUGGUCAUAGUGCAGAACACCAUCCAGAACGUGCUCAUUGCUGCUGGGGCCAUGCUCGUCGUCUCGCUCCUGCUCAUCCCCAACCCCUUCUGCUGCCUGUGGGUCACGUUUGCCAUAGCUUCCGUUAUCAUCGGCGUGGCCGGUUUCAUGACCUUCUGGCUUGUCAAUCUAGAUUCCAUAUCCAUGAUCAACCUCGUCAUCUGUAUAGGGUUUUCAGUCGACUUCUCUGCUCAUAUUUCCUAUGCCUUUGUUUCAAGUGAAAAGGCAUCAGCAAAUGAAAGGGCCAUAGAUGCUCUGCACAUGUUGGGUUACCCAGUGCUGCAAGGUGCCAUUUCUACUAUAUUAGGAGUAGCUGUAUUGGCUGCAGCAAAAACAUAUAUCUUCAGAACAUUUUUCAAGAUUAUGUUUCUUGUUAUUUUGUUUGGGGCUCUUCAUGGUCUUGUUUUUAUUCCAGUAUUUUUAACCUUUUUUGGCAGUUUUCGCAGAUCACACCCCGAUCCAGUACCUGAAGAAGGCCUCAAGACAGAGACUAGAUAUGGGGAUGAUAAAGACUGUCCAUAAUUAAAUGUAAAAUAGUAUAUAUUUAAGUUAGUAUAGUUAAACUAAAAUGUAAUAACCGUAAGAGAAUAUAAGACAUGAGAAAUAAGAAAAGACCUAAGAAAAGCCAUGCAGCAAAUAACAGAAGGUUAAAUUAAAACAUACAGGAUGGACGGAUUUGAAACCUUAUUUCUGUCAUUUCCUCAUUUUGUGCAUCUGACUGUAAUCUUAAUGUUUU